AUGGCUGGUCAAUGCGUCUCAAAUGUCAACCACCCAACUCACCAGAACGUCUUGGACCUCGGGUUCUUCAGGGCCAUCCAGUCGCUGCAGCAAACCCAUCACUCCAUCACCUACCAAGAGAUUGUUGACGCGACAAACCAAGCAUGGGAAGACAAAGAUACGUGGUCGCUGGAGCGCAACUUCUUCACCUUGCAGUGCUGUCUCCGCGAGGUGAUCAUGCGUGCCGGCGAAAACUCCUACAAGAUUCCCCAUAUAAAGAAGGUUGGGCUUAGCGGAAGGGUACCGGAGUCCAUUUCAUGUGGCCAAGGCGUGUUCGACACUGGGUGCGUCUUGCUUUCCCAGCAGGACUUGGUCGCUGUUAUGCGCGACCUGGCCAUACAAACGCGAGCUGAUUUGGAAAUGAGCGACAUCUUGACAGCGCUUGAAACCGUUGAUCUCGAUAAAGAGAGUGUUGGUGAUGCGUAA